CCUUCAAUCACAGAGUCAACUAUAUCACCAACCAGACCAUCAAUAGAACAAGCUCAAUCAUCACCUAAAUCACCUAGUAGGGAACAAAACAAUUAUAUUGGUGCAUUAAUGGCAGGAAUAAAUCCAACAUUAAAGUUGAAUGCUGAAACUGAUGAUGAACACAUAACUUAUGGUCCUGCCAAAGAUAUAGUAUGUCUGUUAACACAAAAAGAGAUGCUUGAGAAAUUAGUAUAUUAUGAUGCCAUUAGAGAAACGUACUUUUGGCGAGACUGGUCCAUCCCACACACCUGGUUGAUAAAUAUUUUACAGAAAGAACCGGAUUUUCUGACACAAGUGGCUCCAGCUAUCACUGCCACAAGAGACAAUAAUACAACCCUUACAAAGUAUUUCUCCUGCACUGGGUGUGUGGGCUCUGUAAAAGCAGGUGGAACAUUUAGUAUUUCAACAAAAGAAUUACUUCUCAGAAGCUUUUAUGUGCAGUUAAAAAUUACUUUUGCAAAGAAUCGGCGCAUUUGCACACAUCUCAAAGCAACAGCCUUGGCUGAGUUGACACCUGAAAGAAUACUCACAGGAAAUCGGCAACACAUACCAACUGCAAAGGCUGCUAAACAGUUGUGUUAUUCCAUAAAUCCGAGUAAAGAUUAUAGUAUUGCAGAUCGUUUCAUAGAUGCAAUACAGAAAAUCAAUGAAAAAGAAAAAGCGGAUUUUAUUAAAAAGAAUGGAAAUGAUGCAGCACAAAAUAGACAAUUCACUGGACAUAUACAAGUACCCUUACAGCUUGAUCCGCUUGCAGUUAAUAUAUACAAUGAAGCGUCUCUCAGAUAUUACCACCAUUUUGCACACAAAAAUCCUGGUAUAUUCAUAGAUUAUACAGGAUUAAUGAUCCGUGAUGUGUUCAAACUCUUACGAGAGAAGCCCACGGAACCUAAAGAAAAAACUAAGAAAGUUUUGAAUGCAAUGAUAACCUUACCUUCUGGUGAUUCCAGGGUCGAUGGGGUGGCUCCUCCAGUAUUGGCGGCUGAGUUUGUCAUGACAGAUCUAUCAGCUGAAUUUUUGGUAACGGCAUUACAUUAUUUCUGCCGAAAAGAGUAUGAUGUAUUCCGAUCAAAUGUUGUACCAUACCUUAUACAAUCUGACUGUGCACGAGGAAUACUUCGCGCUGUGCUUACGGAGUAUAAUGACGAGUCUUUGGAAGAAUAUCUCCAAAGACUAAUGAUGGAUGCCAUGUUGAACAAGGACUCAGACCCUACAAAAGUGAUAAUUGCAUGGUGUUAUGGUCACUGCACAAGAGCGAUCCGGUCACAUGUGCGUAGUGGCAACUUUCACUGUAGAGAGAAUGUCAGUAAGAAGAAUCUCCAAGUUGCUGCACGACGGAUUUUUGAACGUGUAAGGGUACAAAUAACAUUACCUGAAGCUGAGCGAGAGGCAAAAUUAUGGGACUGGCUGUUGGGAACCAAAGAACUUGACCUUACCAUAAAUAACAUUGAUCUGAAUAUGGGAAAUCCCCUAUUAACCCGAACCAAAUACUCAUCGGAGGAUGUGCUUCCUGUCCAUGAUCUAACUGAAAAUGAAGAUGAAGAGGAGAUAGAAAUUGACACUUUAAUAGUAGAUGGUGAAACAGUGAGCCAGGGUGUCUCUUCAAAUGAUAACAGUUGGAUAUUGUAUAUAAACACUACACCAUUUCUUAAAGUUCGAAGGGAACGACAUGACAACCGAAUGCAGUAUCUAUUAUCUGUGCCAGACCUGCACAUGUGGUUUAUAGUAAUGCCUAAUGCAGAACAAUGUUUUGAUAAUCCAUUAUACAGUCCAGAGUUGAGGCAGUAUUUUGCACGACAAUGGUGGGGAUAUAUAUUUUUGUGGGGAAAUGUUAAUCAAAGAGUUGCUGAGCAUACUCGAAGAACAACAGCAACAAUUGAAGUACAGCACAAAAUACUAAAGACAUUUGACAUUACCAAAAGAAAUCUGGCCAUUGAUGAGUAUCUCCUCCAGCACUCAUCGAUAAUCAGUGCAAAUCAAUUAGCUCUGGCCGAAAAGUUGCUGUUCAAAAGCUCUAUGAUGGAGCUGAAACGAAGAAAGUUAGAAAAACCUGACGAUGACGAAAAAUGGUCAAAAAAUCUGGUAAAACUGGACGAGUCCAAAUUACGGUUCCUUGAAGCCUUCAGGAAUGUUUAUAAUGACUGCAAAACAACGCAGACAAGAUGUGCAAGGGAGAUAAGAGACAUUUCGGAUGGUAAGAGCAGGAUACAACAAUCUGUAGUGUCUAGAAUGUUGUGUAAAACUUACUUACCCAAAGAGCCAGUGACAUUGCAGGCUAUCAAAAGUUGGAUGACAAUGAAAGGGCAAGGGAAAAUAUUUUUAGACGAGUAA